GUUUAAACUGGGGGGGCGGGAUCAGAUUUUUAAAAUCUGACUGAGCGCUGCUGUUAGUGAGGGACCGCGCAGAGCCGGCUGGAAGAGAUGGCCUCUCAGAACCUGGAUCCUGCUGCAGCUGCUUCUACAGCCGCGUUAAAAGGAAACGAAAUGGCCGGAAGUGUGUCCAAGGGCUCUGUGACUAAAAGGCUUCAGCAAGAGCUGAUGACGCUCAUGGUGUCAGGAGACAAGGGAAUUUCGGCGUUCCCCGAGUCGGACAAUCUCUUCAAAUGGAUUGGCACAAUAGAUGGUGCUCAGGGAACGGUGUACGACGGUUUGAGGUAUAAGCUGUCAUUGGAGUUUCCUAGCGGAUACCCAUACAACGCUCCUCGCGUUAAAUUCAUCACUCCUUGCUUUCAUCCAAAUGUCGACGAGAACGGGUUUAUUUGCUUAGACAUUCUGAAAGAGAAAUGGUCUGCUCUGUAUGACGUUCGAUCCAUUCUGCUGUCCAUUCAGAGUUUACUUGGAGAACCCAACAAUGAUAGCCCUAUGAACUCUGCAGCUGCAGAAUUAUGGGAUAACCAAGAAGCCUUCAAAGCCCAUUUGCACGCAACCUACAAAAAUUGACUGGCAAAUUUGGGCAUGACUGCCUCUCCUCUUUUAUCUCACUGUGUGACCUCAUUUCUUUUCGUCCAUGCCUAAUGUAAAUUUAAACGCCGAGUCUGUUUCUGUACAAUAUUUGUAUGUUGAAUAAACCUGUCUCAAUAAAA